AUGAGUCUGGAGUCUUUGUUCCAGCACAUCAUAUUCUCCGAGCACCAGGCAGAGGAGAGUCGCCGCUUGAUGCGGGAAGUAAGGUCGGAAAUAAACAGAUGUCGUGAGAAAAUUAAGAAAGCAGCAGAGCAGCUGAAUGAAGAGAAAAUCCAGUUGGAAUCUAAGGUUCAGCAGUUUUCUGAAAAAGCCUUCCUCUUACAGCUUUUGAAAACGCAUGAAAGUGCCUUAGAAAGACAGUGCAAUGAAAUUACAAACCAAAGGAAUAUGCUUCUCCAAACCUUUGAGGCUACAAAAAGAAGAGUUACAGAGGAGGAAGAAAAAUUUAUUAAGGAAAUUACAGACUUCAAUAAUGAAUAUGAAUUAACAAAGAAACGAGAGCUUUUGAUGAAAGAAAAUGUCGAGAUUCAAAUAUCUGACUUAGAAAACCAGGCAAACAUUCUUAAAAUGGAAAUGAAGUCAAUGGAACAUGAUAGUGACCUGUUAAAUGAACUUCAGAGACAAAAGAGUGAAUUAAUACAAGAAUUAUUUACUCUGCAGAGAAGGCUUAAAGGUUUUGAAGAUAAAAAAAAUGGAGCCAUGUGUACUACUAAAUAUCUAGAGGCAGAAAAAAGAAAAAUCAAUGAAAAACCUCAAAAUGAUGCUGAAUGCUUAAGACUUAAAAAAGAAUUAGAACUUUAUAAGGAAGACGACAUGCAGAGUGUUUAUGAUGCUCUCCAAACAGAAAUAGAAUUUUUGGAGUUGACAUUGGCACAGAAAGAUCAUCAGGAAACAAAUAACUUGUAA